AUGGUCCUGCAUUCGGCAGAGAGUCACCGCAGAGCACCCGCCAAAAGCGAAUGCGACGUUGUACAAUUUCUGAACGUCAAAAUUGACGACGAUGGUAGCCCCAGCGUUUUCCUUACCGAACUGCCCUCCACAAUGAGCCAGUAUUUGAACAGUCCGGAAUCAGAGAUGUCUACGCCCCGGUCCGUCGUUUGGACAGAGGAAGAUGAUGCGAGUAUUCAGGAUGCGACCAUACUUACCACAACUUCAAAGGAACCGGUAAGACCUCUGGCUGUGAAAGACUGGUCCAAGACGAAUCCGCGAGUGCUAGAUGCUGUGGAGGUAAUUUUAUGA